GGCCCGGCGCGGCCCCCAGGCCCUGUACUUUCGGUUCCGCCGACAGGUUGUCUGCUGCGACCCGGGGGCGCACUUCCGCUCGCCCUUUGACCCGCUGCCCUUCGCCAGUGCGUUCUGCGCACCCCCUAAGCAUGCCCGCGGGAGUGUCCUGGGCCACCUACCUGAAAAUGUUCGCCGCCAGCCUCCUGAGCAUGUGCGCCGGCGCCGAAGUGGUGCACAGGUACUACCGGCCGGACCUGACAAUACCUGAAAUUCCACCAAAGCCUGGAGAACUCAAAACGGAGCUUUUGGGACUGAAAAAGAGACAACACGAACCUCAAAUUUCUCAGCAAUAGAGACCUCAAAAUACUUACUUAACUCUGCCAAGAACUCCAUGAAUAAUAUUAUAAGUAUUAAAUAUGUAUUUUUAAAGCUUAUUGAGUUAGCCGGGUUGUCUUUCAGCACCUAAAGCAAUCUUCACGGCAUGAGGAGGUGCCCAGGUGUUAACUGCUGCACUGAGGUUUAAUUAUGGAUUGACCAGUGUUUCUUGGAAACUGCCAAAGUGUAUAUCAUCAGCUUUUUUAAUGUGGUGGAAUAGAUACUUAGCCUUGAAUAUCACGUGAGAAAGAAUAUUUACAGUGUUUCCUGCUCUUACAAUUCUGGUUUAUUUCUCUGAGGAAGCUUGACUGUCAUGAAAAAUGGGAAUUAUAAAUUAACUAUAAUAAAAGUGUCAUUGACAAUUAAA